AUGCGGCUCUCAAAGAUCAGCGAGGAAUGCCCAGAAGGCCCCCCCGGAUAUGCAGCAGCCUCUGCGUCGUCUCUGCAUGCAGGGCCUCUGACAUCCUUUGUCGAGCUGACGACGCGCAUCCGCGCCGUGUCUCCUGCUGCUGCUCCCGCCUACGACCCGGCGCUUGCUGCAGCUGAGGAAGCAGCCAAGGAGCGCAUAAACCCACGGCAUCGACCCAGUUGCUGCCACCACCACCACCACCAUCACCACCACCCUGCUGCAGUGCAGACCCACGGCAUCGACCCAGUUGCUGUGAAGGAGGCAAAGACAGAGGCAGGGAUAACUGUAGGAGGGGCGAGGCAGCGGGUCAAGCCAACAGAGCAGCUGAACGACAGCGUAUACGCCGAGGCGACGGAGCUAAACAUAAACAGAUUCCGAGAAGUUGAAAACCUAACAACACAUAUGCUGACGGCAUCAGCUGAUGCAGCAACACGACUGCAGCAGCAGCAGGAGCAGCUGCAGCAGCUGGAGGAGACGCAUGUGUUGCAGCGAGGAUAUGAAUCUUAUAAACUGACGCCAACAGAAACAACCUUUGAGCACGAGUUUCUAGUUCAGGACUGUACAUACACCCGAGAAGGGCCCAGCCACUGGGGCUUCGCUCCGCUCGUCGCCACACACAAAAACGUUUUCGGCCAAUCCACCCCCAUCAGCGGCCCCACAGAUACAGACGGAACCUUCGCCAUACUCAGAAGACGCAGCUUCUAUGACUUCGUGCUUACUGUUCAGUUCCUCGCGAUGGGUAGCGGGAGCGUGGGUAUUGGCUUUCGAAUGAAGGACCGCAGCAGCGGCUAUCUGCUGCUGCUGCAGCAGAAGAGCGGCAGCAAGAAGCUGCUGCGUCUGGAUAGAGGAGAAGAGACAACCAUCGCCGAGAGAAGAGACGGCGGCUACGUGCAGGGCGAGUGGCACCGCGUCAGGAUAGAGGCAGCUGGCGGCCGCAUAAAAAUUUGUGUGGGAGAAGAGAAUGAAACUGAGGCGGAGGUGCUCACGUAA